GGAUUGAGAAACGGCCAUUGUAACGUGGGUGAAAGGGGCGUCAGUGAGUUUGUAGCAAGUGGUCUGUGCAGGAGUGAUCACUGAGGUAUUUUUAAGGUGUUUGUGCUUUUCGUAUAACGUUAGCCAAAUGGACAAAGACAACCUUUCAUUGGUCUUACAUUCUAAAGGAGAUCUUAGAUUGGAGCAACGCCCGAUUCCAGAGCCAGGACCAAAUGAUGUGUUAAUACAGAUGCAUUCGGUGGGGAUUUGUGGAUCAGACGUGCACUACUGGCAGCACGGACGCAUCGGGGAUUUUGUUUUGAAACAGCCUAUGAUACUGGGACAUGAAGCCUCUGGUCGUGUGGUUAAAGUGGGCUCUGCUGUCACCCACCUUAAAGCAGGAGACCGAGUUGCCAUUGAGCCUGGGGUUCCUCGUGAGAUAGAUGAGUUCUUUAAAUCUGGACACUACAAUCUGUCUCCUAGUAUUUUCUUUUGUGCCACUCCUCCAGAUGAUGGCAAUCUAUGCAGAUACUACAAGCACAGUGCCAACUUCUGCUAUAAGCUUCCUGAUAGCGUCACCUUUGAGGAGGGAGCUCUGAUUGAGCCUCUGUCAGUGGGGAUUCAUGCCUGCAGCAGGGCAGGGGUCACCCUUGGAAGUGUAGUGUUUGUCUGUGGUGCAGGACCAAUUGGACUGGUCUCUUUGUUGGCGGCCAAAGCCAUGGGGGCCUCGCAAGUAGUAAUAAGUGACCUUUCUUCCGAUCGUCUGGCUAAGGCUAAAGAGAUGGGGGCUGACUUCUUGCUUCCGGUGAAGAAAGAGGACACAUCACAGGAGUUAGCCAAAAAGGUUCAAGGAAUGCUAGGAUGCAUGCCUCAAAUCACCAUAGAAUGCACAGGAGUGGAAAGCAGUAUGCAGACAGCCAUCUAUGCUACUCGUUCUGGAGGGGUUGUGGUGUUGGUUGGGCUUGGUGCCGAGAUGGUCACUGUACCGCUUGUUAAUGCAUCAGUCAGAGAAGUCGAUAUUAGAGGAGUGUUUCGCUACUGUAAUACAUGGCCGAUGGCCAUUGCUAUGUUGGCAGCUAAAAAGGUGAAUGUCAAGCCUCUGGUCACCCACCGUUUUCCACUGGAACAAGCCGUGCAGGCCUUUGAGACCACACACCAGGGGCUUGGGGUUAAGGUCAUGUUAAAAUGUGACAAGAAUGAUCAGAACCCAUGAGAGGUGGCUGUGGCCUGAGCAGACGGUUUAAUCCAGUUAAUAAAAAAAACCCUCUUCUGAUCUCUAGUAGAGAAGGUACAGAAAUUCAGUGAUAUUUCUUGUAUAAAAUGCAAUUAUUUAUAAAUUAAAAAUAGCUUUUAUUUAUGAUUCAUUGCUAAAAGUACAUGACUAUGAUUGUUAUUAAAAUUGCAUUAAUGUAA